AUGUACCGUUUCGCGGACCUCACCCACGAGCAGCAGCUGGAAAGACGAGAACUUUUGGACUGGUACGGCUUCCUAGCCCAGGUGUCUGUUCUAGUGCCUCUCCUAGCAUUGCAAAUAUAUAGACUCGUAGGCUGGGCGCAGUCCAGAUUGAUUGGCAAAGAUGAUCUGCAGACGCCAAGCUCGCCGUAUGUGAAAGCAUCGAGGCUGGGCCACGGGCUGAACGUGCCCGGCAUAGCAGCGAGAUGGAGGAAGUUCCAGUGGUGGUGCGGUGACUCUGUCGAGUAUGCUGGGCUGCACAUUGGAACGAGAGGAGAAAUACUGGGAGCUGGCAUCUGGACGCUUUGGCUAGUGGUUUUGUCGUUCUUGCAGACUGGGGAUGACUAUCUCCACCUCACGAAACGUCUGGGAGCAGUUGGAGCAUCUCAGCUGCCCUUCCAUUAUCUAUUGUCCCUAAAGUCGCCCUACUCUCCACUUCAGCUGCUGACCAGACGUUCUCAUGAAAGUCUCAUAGCACUGCAUCAGCUUCUUGGACGAAUCAUCACGGCGCUGUUCUACGCUCACGUGGCUCUCUAUCUCAACUUCUAUAUUCAGUCGAAUCUCCUCCUGGCCAAGGUUACGCAGUUCUACAUCAUUUGCGGCAUCUUUGGAAUCCUUGCCUUCACGGCCAUUGGCACAACAGCCCUAAAGCCACUUCGAGACUGGAGCUAUCGGGUGUUCUACAUCGUUCACGUCGUCCUCGCUACACUUGUGCUUCCUGCACUGUACUUUCAUGUGAAUCAUGUCCGGGUCUACGUCUACGAGACGUUGCUCGUGUACGGCCUUCACAUCGUCCUUCGUGCGGUGACGACGAAAACGCACACUGGAUCCGUCAAGACAAUUCAAGAUGCCAACCUCAUCGAGAUCAACAUACCUGUCAGCGGAAAAGUAGCACAUAGAUGGCAGACCGGCCAACACGCCUACCUGUCCCUGGCAGGCAACCCCUUCCUCCGCACCUUCAAGAGUAACCCCUUCACGGUGAGCUCCAUGCCGUCCAUCGACGGGAAUCUGCGGUUUGUAGCUCGCAUUCUGGACGGUAAUACGGCAAAACUCGCCUCCAACCCUAAGACCUCGCAACAAAUCACAACCGAAGGUCCCUAUGGUCUCGCAUCACACCCCGAAAGACUCCUCCAAUAUGACCGAAUCCUCGUCUUAGCCGGCGGCGUCGGCGCAACUUUCAUCGUUCCGCUCUACCGCCAGCUUCUCUCAGACCUCAGCCCAAGCAAGGGCAGCCACAGACGUCAGCGUGUCACUUUCAUCUGGACUGCUCGAUCUAUGGCAGAAGUCUCCUGGGCUCUGCCGCAAGAUGUGAAGGAGCGGGAAGGCUUCGUGGAGAGGUUGCAGGUGCAUCUCACGAAAGACGUCAGCGCUGCAACUCCGAGCUCUGGUGGAACUUUUGCUGUAGGCGAAGAGGAGGAUGAGCAGGGGCCGGUAGGCGAGGGUGAGGAUGGAAUCGAGUUGGAGGAGCAGCAGAAUUUGUUGGGGAGGGAUGGAGGUGAGGCGAAGGAAGAAAGUGGGCUUGUUGUACAUGCAGGAAGGCCGGAUUUGAGGAGGGUUGUGGAGCAGAUGUUUACGCAUAGUAGUGGUGAGAAUAUUGCUGUUGUGGUUUGUGGGCCGAGAGGUUUGGGGAAAGCAUUGAGGAGGGAGGUGGGCAGAUUUGUGAGACGGGGGAGGGAUGUUUGGCUAUGGGACGAGAGUUUUUCAACGUAG